AUGUCGGCGCUUCUAGAUGCUCUACGCUGGCCGAACUUCAUAGCGGAGGACGAGUCAGCGCAGAUGGGAACAGAAGGAAAAGCGGGGAUUCCACGCUUUAAUGGUGAGCCAACACGAUUGGCUGAGUAUGUGUUCAGGGUGAAGGCCAAGCAGCUCAAGGAGAAAGCCCUGUCCGAAGAUGAGCAGAAGAAGCUUGGUCCUCUCGCCUUGAGGCUUGUUGAGGGCCUCAGUGGCACAGCCUUGCGUGUGGCUCAAACAAUAGACUUCAAUGAACUUAGCAAGCCAGAAGCUGGAGUGGAAAAGCUUCUGGGAGCCUUUGAGAAGGAAUUGAAGCCUCGCCGUGCACAGCAAGCUCGAGAGCUUUAUGCGGCUGGCUCGGCACCUCAUGGCAUUUUGUCCAGGCAGAAUGGAGAGACGAUGGCCUCCUACAUCCUCAGGCGACGCACUUGGUAUCGAUGCCUGGUGGACACGUCUGAGGACAUGAAGCUGCCUGACAUUGUGCUGGCGGAACAACUGCUGUCUUCAGCCAACAUUUCGGCUGACCAUCAACUACUUGUCAGAACGGCUCUGCAAGGGGACAUCACCUUCAACCGUGUUGCCGAUGAACUGGUGGCUCAACACUCCAGGCUGCACGAGCGCGAGAAGACGCGCAACUUUGUCUCCAAGAAGCCCUACUAUGGCUACCAGCAGAACCGCAAGGGAUCUGGCAAGUGGCAUGGUGCUUACUAUGCUGACGAGACUGCGGAGUACGACCAGGCCUACUCUGAAGACUUCUCUGAAGAGACCUACGAGCCUGAAGAGCCCUAUGUGUCUGACGAGAUCGACCCCAUUGAGGAGCACAUCGGAUUCAUGGUGGAUGAUGGAGUGGAUUUCGAUGAUCCUGAAAGUGCUGAAGCCGCUGCUGAAGUGCUUCAAGCUGAGCAAGAAGCCUACUUCGUGAAGAAGGGUGCUGCGCAGAAGGGCAAGGGAUUUCGUGUUCCACCUUCUGGCUCCAAGCACUUCUCGGUUUCUGGAAGUCUUAGCUUGGAAGAGCGCAAGGCCAAGAUCGCCUCCUUGAAGUCACGAACUACAUGCAGAAAAUGUGGAGCUGUCGGACACUGGAGUGGUGACAGCCAAUGCCCUGGCUCCAAAGGAGGUGGUCGCAAAGGGAAGUAUCGACCUGGCUCAACAAGCACUUCGUCACAGGCGAGCACUACGGCAUCAAAGGGAUCACCAGCAAAGCCGCGCACUGUGUACUUUGCUGUGCAUGAGCCCUCCUAUGCAGGUGGAUCACAUGGCUACAUGGCGCUACGUGGUGAAGGUUUUCAUGCUGUGCCUCCACCUUCGUCUUUGACUGGACAACAUGAACAAGCUCCACAUGGCUCUCCUCAUGAACAUGCUCUACAUGGUCCUCCUCCUCAUGAACAUGCUCUACAUGGACCUCCUCAUGAACAUGUUCCUCAUGAUGCUUUGGUACCAGCACAUGACGCACUGGUGCCAGCUGAGAAUCGACCACAAUGGGUUGACCUACCUCAUGGAGAAGUUGGACGUGGAGAAAUGCGUGGCCGAGUACAUGAGAUGCCAUCUAUGUUUCCACAGAGGCCACUGACCAAUGACGAGAAGGAAGAGAUGAUGUUGCAGCAAGCUCUUGGACGUUUGUCUCAGCCAAGUCUCCCUAUCGAUGUUGAUGGACCUGGAAUGAUCGAAGAUCUACGUGGAGCUCUACCUGCAGGAGUUCCACCACUACCUGUACGAGCCCAACAAGCUGAGCAUGCAAUGCGUCCUGAGCAGGCGCCUUCCUCCUCUACGCCUCGACAAGUUCCUGCUGCAGGUUCUGAUGGACGAGAUGCAGAAGGCCCGUUCAGUCCUCAGCCAGCAAACUAUCAACAAACAGUUUGCCAGCAUGAACGCGUGACAGCAAGGGGAACUAACAAGUUUUACAGAAUCUUGCGAUGUUUGGACUGCCAGCUCCUGCUGGAGCGAGAGCGCAUUCCUCAAGUCAGCCUACCCAAGGGGCAGCCUGCCUCUAGGGGUCCUACAACAGCUGUGGAAGAACGCCAAGCACCUGGAUGUUACCAUCACCGUGUGUCAUGGUGUGGAACAAAUGGGCACACAUGGCAAAAGACAUGCCUUGAUUGUGGCUUCAAGCAAUCUGGACCUGUGAGCCCAGAUGCACAAGCGAGCCCUGUGGACUCCUUUCAGACGCCACAGUCAAGGACUUCAAACCUGGCUGAUUUUCUUGGAGGUGAACUCACUGCUGAAGAAGCCGCUGGUGCAGUGCGAUCCUUCGAGAACGCUGUUGAGAUGAAGCUGAUGCAACUUGGACCUGGAGACACCAUCAACUCCAGGACAUUGAUCGAAGCCUUGGCCCUUUCUUUGAGGUUAGCUGAGGUUUGGCAUGGUGAACCGCCCUCACAAGGUUCAGACGCAUCGCAACCACCAUCUUCAGUGCGAACUCCAAUCUAUGCACCUGCACGGGCUGAUCCUGUCACUCACCAAGGCAAUCGCCGUGUGCUGCGGGAACGUGCGGUUUUGCAUGUUGGCGCUGGGAAGUACAAGAACAACCCAUGCUACCAAGCCUAUGAGGACUGCAACUACCGCAAGUGGGUGCUGGAGACGAUUGACGACAAGUCGUCAAGAGAGAUGCGAUCCUUGAAGAACCUCUUCCUGGAGAUCAGCGAGCACGAAGGCAUCCAUGGCAAGAUCUUCACGGUUGGUGAGCGCUCCAUGUACCACGCAACAACUCCCUCUUCUACGACCUCUACAAGGACUGGCUACAUGGCAACCUCUGAGCACAUUUCUGAUGGCUCCGAGGGCGACCUCAUUGCCGUGCUGGACACUGGGUGCAGCACGACUUGUCAUGGUGCACAUUGGCUUAAGCGCUACCUUAAGGCCACCAACCAAGAUGAACCUCAACUUCUACCUGAUGGCGCUGGUGGUUUUCGUGGCAUUGGUGGCAUCACCGCCACUGCUGGCUCACGAGUUCUGGAUCUAUGCCUGGAGCUCACUGACGGCACCUUGGCCAAGGGCACUCUCCACAGCGUCGAACUUGAAGGUUCUGACGCCCCUCUUUUGCUCUCACUUGAGGCUCAGCGUCGGCUUGGACUUGUGCUGGACCUCAACCGUGCCAUGGCUCACAGCGAGGCACUUGGUGGAGAUUUGCAACUGGUAUCCCACAAUGGACUUUAUGGACUUCGCCUCCUCCCUGGUGGGUUUGCUGGACUUGGACUUUGCAACCCAUCAGCAGACCGUCCUCUGGAUUUUCAGGACGAGGCGGCAGAUGAUCACCCCACAGGUGCAGAUCCCACGAUGGCGGAUGAUCACACCUUGUGUGCAGACCCUGCCGAUGUGGAUGAUCACGCUUGUGGCGCAGACCCUGCUGCUGAGGAAAAUGUUUUGGGAUACCUGGCCUAUGACGAACUCAAGGUGCAUGCCAUGUCCAAAGGGCAAGCCAGCAAGACCAAGGCCAAUGUGGAUGCGGUGACAAAGAAGGACAAGCUGAUGUGGAAUCAAGUUUGCCCCAAGUACCUGCGAAGGCGUCCUUGCCUUCCACAUGGCUGCAAGACCUUCCUCAUGGAGAUUUUUGCAGGAUGUGCGAUGCUGACCAGCGUCGCGCACUAUUCCUAUGGGUACCCAACCAGCGAGCCCAUCGACGUGAUCUAUGACCCAAUCUUUGACCUCACAACUCCUGCUGGACGUGCUGCGGCUGAUGAGCGCAUUGCACGAGAUGAUCCAUAUCUUCUGACCUUUGCGCCAGUUUGUGGCCCCUGGUCCCCAUGGCAGAACAUGAACAUGACCAGGUCAGAAGAUACCCGACUCAAGAUCAUGGAAGACCGCAAGAAAUGGAUCCCUGUCAUCAAGUGGAUGUGUGGUCAUGCACGAUCACGACUUCAAAGAGGGCGACAAGUUUUCAUUGAGAAUCCAGCUCCUUCAGCGAUUUGGGACACCAAUGACAUGGACAAGCUCUUGAAUCAGGAAGAGCACUACGACCAGAUCACUGGAGAAGCCCUUGAGAAGAUCAAUGUGGAUCUUUGUGCCUUCAACCUCCGCGACAAGACCUCUGGCCUCUUGCACAAGAAGCGCACUGGCCUGGUGACCGCUUCUUCAACCUUCAAGAGUUUUGCAAAAGAGGCUGGCCAAUGCAGCAAAGACCAUCUUCACGAGCCUUUGGAAGGUGGGAAGAGAUGCAAGCAUGCACAAGCAUGGACUGAGGAGUUUUGCACUCACAUCAUUGAGUGUCACUUGAACGAUCUCGACAAUCACCUGACGAGAUCUGCUUUUCCUGCUGAGGCUGUGGAGGAAGACAUUCUUGUGAAUGACGACGCUCCAACGCCCUUCCCCACUCUUGACCUCAUCGAGACUCCUGAAGAUAUGGCCAUUGGACUUCUGCCACGAGAAGAAUCGCCUGAACAGCUUGAGAUUGCAAACCCUCAAGCAGAAGCUCUUGAAAGCCAACAACUACAAGAAAGCCGAUCUGUUUGGCGACAGCUGCCUAUGUCCACCCGUGUGGCUGUGAGAAGGUUGCACACUAUGACUGGGCAUUCUUCAGUGUCUUCUAUGCAACGGAUUCUACGAACGUCUGGUGGAGACCCAAAGGUCAUCAAGGCCUUGAAGCACUUUCGUUGCCCAGCAUGUGAAGAACGCAAAAAGCCUGCUCCGCGACCAGCUACACGUCCACCGAGCGACUACCGCUUCAAUGUGGAGAUUGCGGUGGACUGCUUUGAGAUCAGAGACGUGGAUGGCAACCGCUUCACCAUCCUUUCAAUAGUUGACAUGGGGACUCUUUACCAUGUUGCUGAGAUUGUCUCUGACAAGGGUGGCGCUCCUUCAUCAAGAGCCUGUGCCGAUGCUUUUCGGCGAGUCUGGCUGAACUGGGCUGGUCCUCCAAAGUCAAUUAUAGUCGACCGUGGAUUGCACAACCGUGGCCGCUUUGCCGAGCUGUUGACCUACCACGGUGUGCAGAUGCGUUUCAUUGGCGUUGAAGCUCAUCACCAACUUGGGCGAGGUGAGCGACAAGGAGGCAUCCUCAAACAUCUUUUACAACAUGUUGUGGAAGCAAGACAACUGACUGGACUUCGAGCUUUUGAGCUUUUGCUUCCUGAGGCUGUCUUCAUCAAGAACAACCGCAUUCACCAUGGUGGCUUCACACCGAGCCAAUGGACUUUGGGCAAACUUCCACUUGAAGUUGACUCUCUGACCUCAGAGGACUCACAACGUCUCCUGGGCACACACCAAGAAGUGCUCGAUGGCGAGACUGCCUUUGCCAGACAGAUGCAACUGCGACAAGCUGCAAAAGAAGCCUUUUCCUUUGUUGAUGCCUCUCAGAGAUUGCGAGCCUCUAUGUUGCGGAAGACCACACCAACACGUGGACCCUUCCUGGCUGGUGAUUUGGUUUGUUUUUACCGCAAGGGCAGAUCAAGUCAUGGACGAUGGUAUGGUCCUGCAAGAGUUCUUGGACAAGAAGGACGCUCAACACUUUGGAUCAUCCAUGGCGGUGUUCCAAUGACUGUUGGGAUUGAAUCUCUCAGGCAUGCCACAGGCAACGAAGUUUUGGCCAAGCAUGCACUGGAGCUGCGCCCAUCGCGCAAACGUCGGCGUGAAGUCCUAGACCCUGACGGAGAUGAGAUGGACUACCCCUUUGCCGAUGACUUGAUUGGCGCUCCUGGAAUCGACAAUGCUGAAGAUGUCGAACAGAUUCCCUUCUUUGACUUGGGAGCCCAUGCACCUGAAGAAUCAGCAGCACCACCUGCUGAACCUGAGACUCCUGUCCUACCACAAGAGCCCGCACAGUCUGCUCUCAUGGAUGGACGUGACCUACAUGUGGAUGUUCCAAUCCCUGAAGAAUUGGACAAUGACCAUGAUGCCAUGGACGACAUCCCUGUGCCACCUGGCUUGAUGCUUGGAUCAGACCAAGCGACUGAGAUCUUCAGUUCCACUGACGAGCCAGAGUUGGAAGUUGUCCCACCGACACGUGUGGACACACCGCUGGGAAACCCAGCAUCUACACCUUUGAAUCAAGCCCUGCAUCGCUCCCUUGAUGCAGUGGAUGGCAUUCCUCUACGAGCACCACGACGUGAACGAUCACGAUCACCACCACCUCGUGAUCCCAGAUAUGAACCUGCUGCUCCAUCUGAUGGACCAGAAGCACGAGCCUUUGUUGGUUUUCUAGCACGCAGAACAACCAAGAAGUCUGCGACAGCUCGUGCCAAGGAGCUCAACUACAACAAAUCAGAUGAUGCACGACAAGCCAAGAUGUUAGAAGCCAGAAGCCGUGAAUGGGCAAACUGGAACAACUUCAAGGCCGUGACAGUUUUGUCACCCACUGAGGCUGCCAAGUACCUCUUGACCCAUCCUGAUGCUGAAGUCAUCCCUACACGUUGGGUCGACACCCUGAAGUCCCAACCUUGGGAACCUGACCGCCACAAGGCAAGACUUGUGGUGAGAGGAGAUUUGGAAGCUGAAGGAAAUGCAAGGACUGACAGUCCGACAUGCAGUCAACCCAUGUUCUCCCUGGUGCUGAGCGUUUCUGCUUCGAAGCGAUGGCGUUUGCGGGGAGGCGACAUCACAGCUGCCUUCCUCCAGGGCGAGAACAUCACGAGGACCUUGGUCCUAUCACCUCCAAAAGAUGGAAUUGAAGGCGUUGAAGAGGGCAGUUUGAUGAUUGCCCACAAACCAGUUUAUGGCACCCGAGAUGCUCCAAGAGGUUUUUGGAAGAAGCUUCACAAGACUGCUUGCGAAGAAGGGCUGAAUGCUGUUCCUCAUGAAGAAGCAGCCUACGUGCUUCGCAACUCCUCCGGAGGUAUUUCCGGAAUCAUGGUUGCUCAUGUGGAUGAUUUGCUAUGGUGUGGAGACGACUCCAUGCAACAGGUGAUGAAGAACAUGCAAGACAAGCUGCGUUUUGGGAGCUUGGAUGAUGGUGAUGAUUUCACCUGGUGCGGCCGUCAGAUUGCACAGCGUGCUGACGGGAUCGCAGUCACUUGUCCCAACACAGCAGCGAAGCUCCGACCUAUUCCUUUGACUAUGUCUCGGAAGAAACACCGAGAUGCUCCAGCGACUGAUGCAGAGAUCAACCAACUGAGAAGCAUUCUGGGAAGCUUGAAUUGGGUAGCACGAGUUUGCAGGCCUGACAUCGCCUAUCAACUCUCUGCCCUUCAGACAGUUCAGAAGAAGGCGAUGGUGCAGGACCUCAUAGACUGCAACAGCCUGAUGCGACAUGUUCAGGCCACGCCUGAAAUUGGACUGUUCUACAAGUACGACGCUUUUGACUUUGACCACGCGGUGAUUUUGAGCAUCUCCGAUGCCUCUCAUGCAGCUGAUGCGGAAGAAUCGAAGUCUGGUAAGACCCUUGGACAUCGAUCACAGUCUGGCCGCCUGAUUUGCUUGGCUGGACCUGACUUUGUGAAGAAUGGAUCUGGCGUGGUGCACCCCAUCGAGUACCACUCCAAUGUGAUCCGGCGUGUUUGCCGAAGCACCUUGCAGUCUGAGACGCUCUCUAUGGUUCAGUGCUACGAAGAAGCUGAACACCUGAGGAGCGUGCUGCACGGUCUACGACAUGACCACCAAGGGCACGACUGGAAGAUUCCAGCCAUGGACUCCAUCAACCUCUACCAGUUCACUGACUGUAGAAGCUUGGAAGCCCAUUUGCACCAAGCUGGAACAGGAACCACAGGUGACAAGAGGUUGGCCAUUGACCUUAGCUACCUGCGCCAAGUUCUAUGGCGCCAACCUGGUGAAGAGAAUGGCGACCCACUCUAUGGAGACCAUGUACCAAAAGAUGCCUCCACCCGCGCCAUAUGGGUGGAAACCAAAACAAUGGUUGCCGACUGCCUUACCAAGAAGAUGAGAUGCGACCAGAUGGAAGCUCUGCAACAAAAAGGCACCUUAGCCUUUGACAUGAACAAGGAAAACAGCAAGAAGGCAAUGGCACGGCAGAGAAACAAAGUGGGCCAUCCUCUCUCCGUGCUGUCGGAGGACGAGGAGAUGCUGCGCGACUCAGCUGAGCGCUUCGCCAAGGAGAUCCUGGCGCCACAUGUCCAGGCCAUGGACCAAAAGGGCGUCAUGUCCAAAGAGAUUGUGGAUGCCAUGUUUGAGCAAGGCCUUAUGGGAAUUGAGGUUCCAGCUGAGAUGGGCGGGGUCGAAUUGAAUUUCACUGCUGCCUGCUUGGCUAUUGAAGAAGUGGCCAAAGUGGAUCCAGCUGUCUCAGCCCUCAUGGACAUUCACAACACCCUUUUGGUCACGGCCUUCAAACGAUAUGGCAGUCAGGAGCUUCAGCAACAGUAUCUGCCGCGCUUGGCAGCAGAUACCGUCGGAUCCUUCUGCCUUUCUGAACCCAACAGCGGCUCCGAUGCCUUCGCCUUGAAGACCAAAGCAGUGCGUGAUGGCAGCGACUGGGUGCUCGAUGGCGGCAAAUGCUGGAUCUCCAACAGCAUGGAGGCGGGUGUCUUCGUAGUCUUCGCCAAUGCGGAUCCCAGCAAGGGACAUCGAGGCAUCACAGCGUUCGUGGUGGACGUGGACAACAAAGGUCUGCAGAUCGGCAAGAAGGAAGACAAGUUGGGCAUCCGUGCGUCCUCCACCUGUGAGCUGGUCCUUGAAGGCUGUCGUGUGCCAAAGGAGGCUGUGCUCGGUGAGGUGGGCCAGGGCUACAAGAUUGCUAUCGAGCUGCUGAACGAAGGUCGCAUUGGGAUUGGUGCCCAGAUGGUUGGUUUGGCACAAGGUGCCUUUGACUAUGCCAUGCGCUACAUGGUCACAAGGAAACAAUUUGGCCAAAGCAUCGCGGACUUCCAGGGCAUGCAGUUUCAGUAUGCGCGUGCCCGGAUGGAGAUUGAAGCUGCAAGAUUGCUGGUGUUCAAUGCUGCACGGCUGAAGGAGAGCGGCAAGCCUUUCGUCUUGGAGGCUGCCAUGGCCAAGCUGAAGGCCUCCGAAGUGGCGCAAGAUGUGUCGUCUCAAUGUAUUGAUUGGCUGGGUGGUGUUGGUUUCACCAAAGAGUUCUUGGCUGAGAAGUACUACAGAGAUGCCAAGAUUGGAACCAUCUACGAAGGCACCAGCAACAUUCAACUUCAGACCAUUGGCAGAGGCGUUCGGGCCUUGUACUCUGAGUGA